AUGACCCAAGUUUCCCUCAAUCAAGAAAUCCAGGAUACCUACGAACGUAUCAAGUCAAAUGAUCCCUCCAUCACCUGGGCAAUCUACGGCUACGAGCGCGGCUCCGAGAGCGCCAUCCAUGUCGUCGAAACGGGAUCCUCCUCCAUCGCCGACAUGGCUGAAGAAUUCUCCGACGGAAAGAUCCAGUAUGGAUUUUUGAGGGUGCAGGAUCCGAACACGAGACUACCGAAGUUCGUGUUGAUCGGGUGGUGUGGAGAGGGUGUCCCCGAACACCGGAAGGGAAUGUUCCAGAGCCAUAUCAACGGUGUUGCCAGAUACUUGCGUGGCUACCAUGUCCAAAUCACUGCGAGAUCAAGUGAGGAUCUCGAGGAAGAGGCAAUUAUGCGGAAAGUCGAAGACGCAUCGGGAGCGAAAUACAGUGUCGGGAAUAUCGCUUCCAGGUUCGAGAGGGUGGUCAAGGGUGGGUAUACCCCGAUCGGGAAAGUCGAUAUUGCUGCGUUGCGU